AUGGGAAGAAAAAAACUUGAAAUCAAACGAAUUGAGAAUAAAAGUAGCCGACAAGUGACCUUCUCUAAACGACGCAACGGUCUCAUCGAGAAAGCUCGUCAGCUUUCUGUUCUCUGCGAUGCUUCCGUCGCUCUUCUCGUCCUCUCCGCCUCCGACAAACUUUACAGCUUCUCCUCCGGCGAUAAGUACGACUUUUCUCCUUUUCUGGGUUUUUCUUUCUUUCCCAUUUAA